GUGAAUAAAUCAAGUUCCCUUCUUUUAUUCAUACCACUGUAUAAAAAGAGGCAUCAUCAUGGCAGCUUGGGCAUGCGUACUCUUUGUCGGCCUUCUGGCGUUCUGCCAUGGAGUUUCCCAAUGUACAGCUGCCGCAGGCAACCAAGAGCUUGCUCUGGAAUCGUCUCACCAGAUCAUGUCUAUUCCUGUUACUACGGUUGGUACCGCUGUAGAGACCAACAUUGUCGUAUCCGAGCUCUUUCAUAAUCUGUCCGCAUUCGCAACGAUCCACAAGCGAUCCUCUGAUCAAAUUCAAACUACACAGAAUGUCGACCUCUCCAUCGUGACCCAGUCUGGAUCAUCUUCCACCUACCCGACUCUCAGUGUCGAAGACGUUAGUGGACCUGACCCUUCUUUCAGCACUUCAUUCACCUACCGUCCUAUUGCAACUCAGGUAGCUGAAGGAGUUCUCCAGGGUUAUGGAGAUACCUUUGGCCAAAAAAGUGGACCCCAAAAGGAGUGCCCUUUGGAUGGACCGAGCUCCGAAUGUUUGCAGUUGCGGUCACAGGAAGGGGGGUUAUCUCGGCGAGAUGACGAUAACGACGGUUAUGGCUUCGGAUACGGCUCUAGUACGACCCCUGUUGAAAACGGCGGGUAUGGCAACCCUCCUCAGCCUACGAUCUUGCCUCCAGGAGCAUAUGGAAACCAGCAGACCCCUGAAAUUAACAAAUUAACUGUUGUGGAGGUACCGGACCCCGAUCCUCAAACUGCAACCGUGUCUCUCGAAUACCGUACCUCGUCUGUCGUCCAAAGCUCGUCCACUACUCCUGGUCCUGUUAUUGUCGUUAUCGUAACUGGCACAGGUGAAUCGGUUUCACAGACGCCAGAACAUAAUGUCACACAAACUGUCACGACGUCUGACCCGAUGAUGGACCCUUCUCCGGAAGUAACGCUCCUGGUUCCGUCAACUAGCACCCGAGAUUCCAUCAUUCCAUCAGGAUCAAAGAGUGUCACUAUCAGCACCGAAAGCUAUGUAUACACGACCGUAACUCAGUCAUCAUCAACUUCAUUGUCGCAUGCCGGCUCUAGCACCAACACAAUAUACACGGUAACGGGACGUCCUACCCCAAGACCAGUUGAUACCAAUGGCGCUAUUUCCAGUCCAAAGCCGCAUCGAUACUACCUAGUCAUUGCAGCUAUUGUUGUCAUAUGUCCGUAUGUAGUAUCUCUGUUUGGCGGGAUCUCUUCGCGAUUAGGACUAAGCAAAGACAACACUCGCCACUGUGCCUCUGAAGAAACUAAAGGAGAUGCCUCUGAGGAUGACAGCAACGGAAACAAAACUACGGCCCGCGAGGAAUCUAAUACUCCGGGUAAAUGUUGCGACGUGGAGCCAUCUCAGUCCGGAUGCUGUCCCCGUUGUCUCUGUUAACUCAGCAAUCUUUAGGCUGGGUUUGAGUAAAACUUCUCGACGCGAAGAUUGUUCUUACUUCUCUGGGCGGAAAAGACAUUGGCAUGAGGUAAUUAUCGAGGCUCAAUUGAGGAAGGUAUAUUAGGAGACGGAGAUUGAUAAGGAAAGACAUAAAAAAUGAGUCAGGAUUUCUUGGGAGCUGAACCACAGAUUGCUGGGCA